AUGGCAGGGAAACUAAAAUGGGUUUCGGAUAUUGACAAGUCUGUGCUCGUAAAUAAUUUUCAAAAAAGAGGCUGGAUCCAGGUUUCAGAAAAUGAAAACUGGAACUUUUAUUGGAUGAAUGUACAGACCAUCCGCAAUGUCUUUAGUGUUGAAAAUGGCUAUCGUCUUUCGGAUGAUCAAAUCGUAAACCACUUUCCCAAUCACUAUGAGCUGACCAGGAAGGACUUAAUGGUUAAGAAUAUAAAACGUUACCGCAAAGAGCUUGAUAAAGAGGGAAACCCUCUAGCAGAAAAGGAUGAGAAUGGCAAAUACAUUCAUUUAGAUUUUAUUCCAGUUACAUUUAUGCUGCCGGCAGACUAUAAUAUGUUUGUGGAAGAAUUUAGGAGGAAUCCAUGCAGCACCUGGAUCAUGAAGCCAUGCGGGAAGGCUCAGGGGAAAGGAAUAUUCCUUAUCAACAAACUCUCACAAAUCAAGAAAUGGUCUCGUGAUAAUAAACCCUCUAACUUUCUGACAGCCUCUUCCAAGGAAACUUAUGUCAUUUCCCUCUACAUAGACAGUCCACUACUAAUUGCUGGGAAGAAGUUUGACCUUCGUUUUUAUGUGCUGGUGACCUCAUUUCGUCCAUUAAAAUGUUAUCUGUAUAAGCUGGGCUUCUGCCGAUUCUGCACAGUGAAAUACACUCAAAAUACCAAUGAACUGGACAACAUGUUUGUGCAUCUUACAAAUGUUGCCAUACAAAAACAUGGGGAUGACUACAACCCCAUUCAUGGUGGGAAGUGGACUGUGGCAAAUCUGAAACUCUAUUUGGAGAGCACACGCGGAAAGAAAGUCACUGAUAAACUGUUUGAUGAAAUUCACUGGAUGAUUGUACAUUCUCUCAAAGCUGUAGCUCCAGUAAUGACGAAUGACAAACACUGCUUUGAAUGUUAUGGGUAUGACAUUAUCAUUGAUAGCAAAUUAAAGCCUUGGCUCAUUGAGGUAAAUGCUUCUCCUUCACUGGCAUCCAGCACUGCUAAUGACCGAAUCAUGAAAUAUAAUCUCAUCAAUGACACGUUGAAUGUUGUAGUACCGAAUGGUGAUGUCUCGGCUUGGAAGUUCAACAAAACUCCUGCAAAAGAUGCUCUUGGAAAUUACCUUAUCCUCUGUGAUGAAGAGAUAGCAAUGAGUGAUGGAGCUGACCGUGAAUCAAGAAAUCGUCUGGGUCAGUCUGGUUCAAAAGGUGGAAGACCAAAAGAUUUUGGACGAGCUACCAUCACAACUUGGAAAUGAUGCCCGAAUAAGGAAGAAGUUCUUUGAUAGCAGCAACUGAACUAAAACAUCACUGUCCACAUCCUUCAUGAGCAAAUUGUUCUGGUGGCCCAGUUAAUGAUGAAGAAAGAAUUUGUUAUUGGCAAUUUGCUUGCUUUUACUUAUUAGAAGAAAAUAGGACAAACAUUAUAGGGACACAAUUUCUCUUACGAUGCAUGCCAUUUGAAUUAUAUUUUGUAUACAUUCCUCUGCAGAGAGCUUCAUAUAAAGUCCAGGCUCAAGCAUUUUUUUUUACUCCUGAGCCUCAUUUGAAUCACCUAUCAGGUUCCCAGAAUUAGCAGGAGUAAUAUUUUAACUGGCAAGCAGAAGUUGUUGAACUGGAGACACUUAGUAUGAAAACAACUGCUGGUGUAAUAACACUCGGGGCUAGGCUCCCUGAUUUCAGCCAGACCAGAUAUGAUUGCAUUCUGAUGACAAUAAAUGUAUAAAAGCCCAUGCAACUAAUUCUUACUUUGUGAUAAGAUAUAUUGUGUAAGGAGGGAAGGUUUUGUGGGUGGGUGAUGUUGGGAAUGCAAUAUAAGUUCCUACACACUAUUCCUGUCCGGCUGAUAAGAUGGGGGAGGGGGACAGUCUAAAAUUGAUCACUUUGUAAGUGCCAAAGAUAUUUUUUUUUCUUAUAGCUUUUCCUGAUAGUGAGGGGGUCAUACCACAUGCGAUAGUGGAAAAGAGACUGCUAUUAUAAAACUGAACUGUUGCAAUAAAAUACAGUCUGUAUGGGAACUAACACAAAGUCAUAUGGUCAGCACUCACAAAAUAUGACUGAUAAUAAUCAUAAUGUCCUUAAAAACCAG